AUGCGAGGUGGGCUAUUUCUCUUCCCAUUGUACAUGGAUCCACAGGAUGCAGCAGAUGCAGAUGCGCGUGAGACAAUACAUCCCGUGGUUGCAGAGACCAUAGGAGCCGAAUCGUUCAAUCCGCAACGGUUGGCAACAAUCAUUCGCUCCGCAACCACUAGCAGGCUUGGCUCAGCAAAUGAGACGACAGAAAUCAACGCGGACGUUUUUAAUUCGCUGCCAAAGUGGGCCCAGGCAGUCGUGCAGACAGGAUGCUUCAAUGCUGGAGCUGCUAAUGGAAUGAAGAGAAAUUUGGAAUUGCAGCAGGAGAUAGAGAGCAAGCAGCCACGGAAAAGGCGAUCAAUUGUUAAUGUAAACGAUGGGCAAAUGGUGACAAGUGAGGGCUGUCAGCUGCAGACUUGUUCGGAUGAGCUAAAUGCCGAGCUCGAAGCGGACGCGGAGACGGAAGCCGAAGAAAAGUUUGCGGCACUUUUAACUCAGGCCAAGAUCACUGCAGAUAGUAUUGAAAAGUAUGCAGAGUUGCUGGAAAGAUUUCGUGACAUGGCGACAUACCGCCAGCAGCAAAAGAAUUUUGUCCAGGAUAAUAUGGAUGUGUUGGAGCCUGAAGCAGUGAAGAUCCUUUUGCAGUCGCUGAAAGCAAUGGAAAAGAAUGAAUGGAUCAAUAAGUUGGAGCCAGAAUUAUUGAUUUCAUUGAUGAGCGCAUUCGAUAUCCAGGUGAAGAUGGGUUUAGCUACGAAUGUGCUGGAAGCCAUCUUGUUGGACAGAGAAUGUGAUAAAUCCCAGCCUAAAACGAUUGAUGAUCAACUCGUUGCGAGACUUUUAGCGUCGCUAGACGUCGCAAUUUGUGAGCUUAUCGUGAUAACAACACCUCAGAUUGACCGGCGAGUUCUUUCAGAGGAUAUUAUUGACAACUGUUUUCAACUACUUCAUCACAUCAUUCGCCGGCUGCUGCUUCCGUGCAUCGACAGCACCUACGUCACGACGGCUUCUGCGCCGAUAUCAAAAGAAAGCAACCGACGACAUUUAUGUGGACGCAAAACAUCCAGCUCUUCUCGAAUAAAUAUACGGUCGCAAAAAGACACCCGCAAAGCUAUUGAUCGAGUUUCUCAUGUCGUCUGUGAGUAUAUGGAUCGACUUGCUACACUUGUUUUGGAUGUAACACUUUCAGACCGUUGGAUACUCCCUCUAUCAUCUUCAAUGGUGGAGUUGUUUGCGUUAGAGCACAGCCUGUAUGCGACGUCGCUGCAGCAGAGUGCUCUCGCUAUAUUGCGAAGCAUUUUUCUACGGUAUAAGAAUCAUCGAGAGUCGUUGCUUGAAGAUAUCGUAGAAGUUAUGUUUAAGCUUCCUACGGCCAAACGAACACUUCGAACGGUGAAGUUGCUGAAUUCAACGCAUCUCGUACAGCAAAUCUCGACAGUAGUGGUGUCGCUAAUACAAGCCUGCGCGUCAGCUUUUAAGCCUAAAACGGAAGAUAGUGGUGCUGGCUCGCUUUCAGAUUCUGUUGAACUUUUGUCAACACCGGAUACCGCCACUGAAGAGAAGGACUUACAAAAGAUUGAUGCUGUGGAGAGUAUACUGGAGGAAGCACAAAAUUAUGCGCGGUCAUUUGUGCAGAAGCUUUUAAAAGCGUGCUGGAAAAAAACUGAAGAGCGUGAUAACCGCGUAGUAUUAGACAAUUUUACUGAGGAUCUACUUGUGAUGCUUGUACGUCCUGAAUGGGCAGGAGCGGAAGACCUUCUUGAAGCAUUGAGUUCCUCAUUGGCAAGUAUCUUACAUGCAAACAUCUUGAAGAAUGCGAAAAAUCGGGAUUCACAUCAGAGUAUAGUUGCACUCAACGUGAUUGGAAAAAUUUGCGCAUCAAUUAGGCAAUACCAUAAUGAAGUUAGCCAGAGUACGAUGGAGGAAGAUAGUGACUCAAUUGCCAUCGUGGAGGAGCAUUUAAACAGUUUGUAUGUCGUCGUUGCGGGCGCAAAGACAAAGUCCAAUGGUGCAUUACCAAGCGCUGCCUGUGGUGAAUUUCAUCAAAUGGCGCUAAAACAUAUUACUGUGAUGCAUCUUCAACGGAAUAGCUUUAGACAAGACGAUUCGAAAAAGCUGCUUAUUUUAAAAUAUCUCUCGGAAUCAGGUGAGCAUUGGAGCGAAACGGAGUCGGCAUGUGAGGAAGGAGAAAGAAAUUUGUGGGGGUCGUUGUGGGAGGUGCCUAAAGGGGGCAUUAAUCCGACGUUUAAGGUGGCUGUGCCAACGAGUGAGCUGGCGCUUAAGGCAAGUCUGAACCUUGCUGUGAAACGCGGGUUUUGUGGUCUGUUUGACAAUUUGCUUGCACAUAUCAUGGCCCUACUUUCAAAGGGAAUGCCAAGUCUGAGAGCUCGAGUCAUGAGAUGCUUGCGAGUUAUUGUUGAUGUCGAUCCCAUGCUGAUGGCUGAAAGCGGAGUGCAGUUAGCUGUUCAGCGGUGUUGCUCGGAUGAAAAGCCAUCAGUUCGCGAAGCAGCCGUGGAACUAGUCGGGACUUACGCCCUGCUACAGCCUGUCCUGUUCGACAAGUAUUUCGACGUACUUGCUGCAAGAGUUCGAGACAAAGGCAUCAAAGUUCGGAAAAGUGUGUGCAAAAUCUUUAAGAUAGUUUUGGCCCGCGAUGUAACGACCGAGCAAGAGCUGCGCCGUAAAAGUGCUUGCAUGCGGUGCCUGGUUGAACGUAUUAGAGACGCGGGUGAAGACCAAAGCGUUAAGAACUUUAUCAUUGAUGCUUUCCAAGAGGUAUGGUUUGGAGCAGAGCUUUCGUCCGCAAGGCUCUCAACCUCGUCUAGCGAAUUCUGUAGCGAAACUACUCUACCGCCUGGUUGGACUUCUGUUGCUACAAAUGUUGGUGAAACAAGUGAAGCCGAUUUGCUUUUACAUGGAAAUUCAAAGUUUGUUUCUGAAGACGGAAUCGUUGCUAACUCGGUCGGAGAAGCGUGGUCUUCGUAUCGGACCCCUACGGUGACACCAGCCUGCGUAGUAAAGAGCAACGCUUCGAAAUUGGACAACACUUUUGACGUUGUUACAACCAUCGUUGAGGUUAUUCACGGAAUGUCAGACGUCACCUGGUUUACUGAACUUUUAAAAAGGCUGUUAGGAAUGCACAAUAACAGCGCCGCGCCACGAUGUAGCAAAAACCGAUCAGCCGAAAUCGCAAUCGCUGAAGAGCGGUCUGAAAAGAUAAUUGCUCAUCUUGUGGGGUGCCUUAUUGACAUACAGGAAGGCAAACUUCUCAAUGCUGUUUCCAUUAAAGACGGACAUCAACAAUUUGUUUCGUGUAUGACAGCUCUGUCUGCUUUUUGUGAAGCAAAACCCAAGCUCUUGGUCCGUCACCUUGAGACUAUUCGUGUAUACCUGAAGGAGAACGACGCCAAGAUUCAACGUUUAUCAGUCUCCAUGAUUAACAAUAUUUUGAGCGUAAAACGCGUUCCGCAGACUAUUGCUGAAAGACUUGAAUGCGACCUAAAGAAUUUGGUCUUACGCUCUCCUCCAAGUGUUGUCGGUCCAAGUGUCAAGUGUCUGGCAACUCUUUCGACAACACGGUACAAGGCACAAGUACUUUUGCUUCGGUUACUGGAACGUUUUUAUCUCAGCAUGCGCGACAAUGGACACAAAGCUUCUUUCUGCGAUUCGCCAGAGCAAGACUAUAUGCUUCAGCGUGCAUUGUAUGCAGCGGGAAAAAUUGUUGGUGCAACGGAUAUUGAUAAAUGUCAGGAGCUUGCGAAGGAGACGAAGGUGCUGUCAGUUGGAACGAUUACAGAAUCGUUGUAUGAAUUGUACAGCCAAUUUGUUUGCAUGCCAGGAAAAGAUUCAUGCACCGCUAAGGCUGUGCAGGGCAUGGGUUUCUUAUUUCCGAUCCGACCGCGCCUGUUUCUCCGGGCACAACAAGAUGGAUUGCUUCAUUUUCUUUUGAAGUCCGACUCGCUGAAGGCGAAGUUGCAAUGCCUUGUCAGUAUGAAGGAACUAUUGCUUUUCGAAGAACAGCGUUUGGAAAAUGGACAGGCGUCACGCACCAUGAAUCAAUUGAAAAGCAAAGAGCAGCAAGUUCAAGGCGACCAGGAAGCUGACGCCUCAUUGAUUGGCAACGUUAUGCAGGCGGAACUUGGGAAUAUAUUGCGACUAUCAUUAUACAAGGUGCCACAAAUUCGAAAGCAGGCCAUCAUAUGCAUUGGCGCCUUGCUCACACAAGGUUUGGUAAACCCGUUGCAAUGCAUUCCAAACUUGGUAGCCUUGGAGACCGAUCGCAUUCCAGAUGUUCGCGAUACGGCAUUUUUGCAGCUCAUGACAUUGUAUGAAAGGUUUUGGAGCCAAUUUCACACGCCACUGAUUAAGGGAAUUCAAGCUUCGUACUUGUUCCAGCUCAGCGUCUACGGCAACUGCACCGCACUGGGAAUUGUCAACAACGAAAAGGAGUUUUGCCUAUUUGGACGACUGUACACGAAUUGCCUUAAGCCGAUAAAAUCACAUGAAUCGCUUCUUCUCAAAGCACUUGUGAACCAGUUCACUGACCAGGGAAGUGUACUUAAGCCAUUGAAGAACCAUUCGGUCACCGUUAACAACAGCAAGACCUUCGCGAGCGAUUUGAACUAUCUCUGCUAUUUAGCACAAAUCAUAUCGACGCUACCGUACGACGUGGAGGAUGAACCGUUGUACAUUAUUUAUCUGGUUAACCGCUACGUGAGCCUUCGGCUCGGGCAUGUACUAGAAGAUCUCAAACAGGCUUUUAUAAUGGCAGGCGUGGCACCUAAACAACUGGAAGACGAAGAUUCGGAUCUCUCAAUGGUCAGGAUUGAUGAGUCUCGUCCGUUUCGGCCGCAAGGGGAAUCUACGUUAUCAACGCUACAGAGCAACGGGCGUAUUGCCUUUGCAAUCGCGCUGUUGCUCCGUUUAAAGUUUGCUCUUAAGCGGAACUACCAUCUAGACAACGAAAAAUGUGCGACGUACAAACCGUCCGCCACAGAAAUUCCAGUGGAAGCAAAGGAACGGUCUUCCAAGAAGCUUUUGCUACCUUGCGUUGACGACUUGUGUCGAACCGGCGAUCCAAUUGAGCUGAGUUGGAAUCUUUUCAUGGUUGCCUGGCACGCCGCUCGUAAAGAUCAAAAGCAAUCAGACAUUAAUUUGGAAGAAGAGCUCAAGCCUAAGAUCGCAACAAUACGACGACGUCGGUCCCGCAAAUCCGUCACGAGCAAGUCGCAAAAGAUACCCGAGAACGACAACGACAACGAAGAUUGA